AUGAGUUUGCGUCAAGCAGCUAUCAGAGCCAGUAGGGCUCGCUUUGCAAGUCAGUUCCCAUGGACAACUUCACCUGCCAUUAUCGGUGCGCCGAUGCGCGUCAUGUCAGGGCCGCAACUCGCUCUGGAAAUCUCAAAAGCCGGAGGACUAGGAUUCAUUGGCCCUGGAGCAAAGCCCGAAGAUACGUCUAAGGACCUAACUACACUCUGGAACGGUGAUCUGAAAUCAGCUGUCGAAGCUGUCCGAGAACACAAACCUUGCGCAGCGUGGCUCUUUGCGCCGCGACGGGGUCAAGAGGAGUUAGACGAAUGGAUGUUUCAGAUACGGGAAGCUUACCCCGACAUCCAAGUUUGGAUUCAAAUUGGUACGGUACAGGAGAGUGUUGAAGUCACAACGAGCAAACACCGCCCCGAUGCGCUAGUGAUUCAAGGAGCUGAAGCAGGCGGUCAUGGCCGAGCCACUGACGGUCUGGGUUUAAUGGCUCUGUUUCCCGAAAUCGAAGACCAGGUUCUAGACUGCAGCAUGUCUUUAUUCGCAGCCGGAGGCAUCGCAGAUGGUCGCGGAGUCGCAGCAGCGCUCUCACUUGGAGCCACCGGUGCAGUGAUGGGCACGCGCUUCCUAGCAGCCACAGAAGCACGCAUAAGCAAAGGAUACCAACAAGAAGUUGUGCGUGCCACAGACGGAUCACGAUGUACUACCAGAACCAUGCUCUACAACCAUCUUCGCGGUACGAUGGGAUGGCCCGAGCAGUACAGCCCGCGUGGAAUCGUGAACCAGAGCUUCCACGAUCACCAAGCUGGUGUUGAUUUUGAGGAGCUCAAGGAGCGGCAUGAUGAAGCUGUCAAGUCUGGCGAUAAGGGCUGGGGACCGGAGGGGAGGUUGGCUACUUAUGCAGGUGCGGCUGUUGGACUUGUACGUGAUGUGCAGGAUGCUGGUGUUAUUGUGAGGCGUGUGCAGAGUGAAGCCAAAGCGAUUAUGGCGGAUCUCGCAAGGGCUGUUAUGUAG